UGGGUGCCGGGAGGGAAGGAGGGGGAUGGGGGCCCUGCGGCUGCUGGCGGUGGCCCUCACUUGCUGCUGGUGGCCGCCGGGCAGCCAGGGUAAGACCCUGCGGGGCAGCUUCAGCAGCGCCGCGGCCCGAGACGCUGAGGGCCAGAGCGUCGGCCACUUCGAGUUCCACGGUGACCAUGCUCUUCUGUGUGUCAGAAUCAACAAUAUAGCAGUAGCUGUUGGAAAAGAAGCUAAACUCUACCUGUUCCAAGCCCAGGAAUGGCUAAAGCUAAAGGACAGCAGUCAUGGUUAUAGUUGUGGUGAAAAAUUAUCCAAAGCUCAGUUGACAAUGACCAUGAAUCAGACUGAACAUAAUCUGACCGUGUCCCAGGUUCCAUAUCCACAAACGUGGCACGUGUUUUAUGCUGACAAGUAUACAUGCAAAAAUGACAAUGAGAAUUCUCAGGCGGAAGAUAUCCCAUUUGAAAUGAUGUUACUAAACCCGGAUGCUGAAGGGAAUCCAUUUGAUCAUUUUAGUGCUGGAGAAUCUGGGUUACAUGAGUUCUUUUUUCUCCUAGUCCUGGUGUACUUUGUGCUUGCUUGCAUUUAUGCUCAGUCAUUGUGGCAGGCUAUCAAGAAGGGAGGGCCCAUGCACGUGAUCCUAAAGGUUCUGACAGCCGCACUGCUGCUACAGGCCGGCUCGGCGUUAGCUAAUUAUAUUCAUUUCUCCAGUUACUCCAAAGAUGGAAUAGGGAUACCUUUUAUGGGAAGUUUGGCAGAAUUUUUUGACAUUGCUUCCCAAAUUCAAAUGUUAUACCUGCUUCUGAGUCUAUGCAUGGGUUGGACAAUAGUCAGAAUGAAGAAGUCUCAAAGCAGACCUCUCCAGUGGGAUUCUACUCCUGCAUCCACUGGCAUUGCUGUAUUCAUUGUGAUAACACAGAGUAUUUUGCUACUUUGGGAACAGUUUGAAGAUACCAGUCCUCACAACUACCAUUCACAUCACAACUUAGCAGGGAUCUUGCUAAUCAUUUUAAGGAUUUGCCUAGCAUUGUCAUUAGGCUGUGGACUCUACCAGAUCAUCACAGUGGAGAGAAGCACGCUAAAAAGGGAGUUUUACAUCACGUUUGCCAAAGGCUGUAUCUUGUGGUUUUUAUGCCAUCCAGGUCUUGCAUGUAUUUCUGUCAUUUUUAGUGACUACCAAAGAGAUAAGGUUAUUACAAUAGGUGUUAUCCUUUGCCAGUCUGUUUCCAUGGUUAUACUCUACAGACUCUUUCUGUCCCACAGUUUAUACUGGGAAGUUUCUUCACUUUCUUCAGUAACACUACCACUGACCAUAUCAUCUGGGCACAAAAGUCGGCCUCACUUCUGAUACUUGAUUUUCUUUAAAGGAAAAGUGAAUUGAUUUAAGAGUGCAAUAAGGAUCCAAAUACAGUGACUUUUUUUUUCAUACUUUUGGUAUGAAAAAUUGAACAAAGAAGGCAGAGCAUGUUAUUUAUACAACUGCAUUUAAGCAGUAUCAAACUGAAAAAAGGUAAUAAAUGAAAUGUUUUGAAAUAUGCUUAAUAAACUUUCAAGGAAGUGUGUUGUUAUAAGGUGACUUACGCAAUUUCUCUGUGGAAAUUAAGAUGAAAAAGAAUUAUAUGAUAUUUUGGUAAGAGAUUCACCACUUGUAAUGCCUCAUCUUAUAUCAAUAGUUAACUCAGGUUUGAUAGUCCUAUAAGAAGUAAUCAGUUAAAUGAUUACUUGCUUAUGCAUAUCUAAACUAACUCCAAUUAUGAAAUCAGUGUAAUGCACUGAUUAAAAACUGCUUCUUAUGCUUUAAGGAAAAUGCAUUUCAUAUUGGAGUUUAAAGGAAUUGAAAAUGAAAUUGAAAUUACUUCAGAAUGUGAAUGUAAAAUAUAUUUAUAGCUAAAUGAAUAAGUUUUUGUUUAUUUAUGUGUGGGGUUCUUCUCCAUUUUCUUCGAUCACUUUUGGCUCUAGUUCAGGUUCUGGCUUGAUUAGCAAAGGGUUUUUGAAACCCUUUUCAUAGUUUAUGAAAAAUAAAGCUUAGAUACAUUACAUUGGUUGUUCCUUACGAAGAGUUUUAAAAUCUGAGCACUUAGGUGAAGGGACAAGCAGGGUAACGUGUUUAAAAAGAAAGAAGAAAAACGUACUAUAUGAUAUGGUACUAAAAUUUUAAUCCUGAUAUAAUUCAUUUCUCUUACAUUGAAUCCCCAAUCAUAAUUAAGCCGUAUACACAGAUUAAAUUAACAGAAGCAUUUCACAUAAAUGUUGGUUUCAGUCAUCAACUAUCCAUGAAUUCCUGCCCAAGGAUACUUAAUCAGGAUUAAAUUUUCUAUGAAUAAUUGAAAAACAAAAUACUCACUGGAUUUGUUAUAAUCCGUGUUGGC